AUGAUGCUCCAAAUUGAACAAAACAAUCUACUCAUACAAAAGACCCUUACUGAAAGAUUAUUCCCCAAUGGUGAAUCAUUAAAAUCAUUAGAUAGAAUAAUAACAGAUUUUGAUUUUGCAACUUUUCAUAUAUCAGGUAAAACGGAUUUAUCAAUAUCAAUUAAUUUAAAAUGUUGGAAUGAUUUAGUUAAAUAUGGAGUUAUAGAAUAUUUAGAAUCAAAAUAUUCAAAUUUUAAAAAUUUAAAAAUAUUAUCAAAAUCAGAUAUUGAACCAGGUUAUAAUUAUUCAAUUUUAUUAAAUUCUGAAAAUUCGGCAAAUGAAGAUGAUGAAGAAACAAAAUUAAAUUUGAUUAACGAAUUAAGUUUAUUAAAAAGAAAUGCAAUGGCUGCUCCAUUUCAUAAAGCUUUUAAUAGAUAUGAUGAAUUAGUUAAAAAAUAUUCAAAUUCAAAUACUUAUUCUGAAGAAAUUCAACAAGAAAUUUUUAAUGAAGAAGUUUUAGUUAUAAAAUAUAGAGGAAUUGAUGAAUGUAUAUUUAUAAAACCUUCAUUUGAUAGAGUUACAGUUAUAUUUUCAACUGCUUUUAAAGAUGAAACUGAUAAAAUAUUUGGUAAAGUAUUUUUACAAGAAUUUGUUGAUGCAAGAAAAAGAUCUGUUCAAACUGCUCCUCAAGUUUUAUAUUCUCAUUCUGAACCUCCAUUAGAUAUUUCAAAUUAUGUAAAUAAAAAUAAAAAAUUGGAAAAUCAAAGUUUUAUAACAUUUGUUUUAUUUCCAAGACAUUUAGUAAAAGGUGAAAAAAGAGAAAAUUGUAUUUCACAUAUUGAAAUGUUUAGAUCUUAUUUUCAUUAUCAUAUAAAAUGUUCAAAAGCUUAUAUGCAUUCAAGAAUGAGAUUUAGAGUUAAAGAAUUUUUAAAAAUUUUAAAUAGAGCAAAACCUGAAAAUUUAGAUGAUGAAGGUAAAGUUAUUGAAAAUAGGAAAACUGCAAGUGGUAGAAGAUUUGAUAUAAAAAGUAAUUAA